GACUCUCCCUUCCUCUUGCAACCCACAUUCCUUCAAAAGUCUUUGCACUUCUCGCCUCUACGGCACUUUUUGCUACAUCAGUCCUGUUGAACAGAACAACAUCGCGACAAACCACCGCUCCUUUUCAACUACAGCUAUUCAAGAUGAAGACCUUUACCGUUGCUUCUGCCUUCCUCGUUGCGGCCGCUGCCGCCAAGCCUCACCACGGCCACCACGCUCACCACCACGUUGCUCGUGACAACGUCGUGACCGAGAUCGAGUGGCACACCGAGUAUGUCACCCAGACUGAGGUGAUCGAUUCCACCACCACCUACCUGGUCCAGGACGGCAAGACCACUCCCGUGGCUGCUCCCACCAGCUCCGGCCUUGCUGCCUCUGCCGGCGAGUUCGUCGAGCCUUCGUCGUCCACUGUUGCGCCCAGCUCCAGCACCGCUGCGGUUCCCACCACCAGCACCCAGGCGCCGCCUCCUCCUCCGACCACCACCGCUGAGGCCUCGACUUCGUCUGUCUUCACGCCUCCUCCUCCUCCUCCUCCUCAGACCACCUCUGCUCAGGUCUCGAUCGAGGCUGCUGCGCCCUCCAGCUCUUCCGUGGCUCCUCCUCCUCCCCCGGUCUCGAUUGCUAUUCCUUCCCCCUCUCCUUCUCCUUCUCCCUCUCCUUCUCCCUCUCCCUCUCCUAGCCCCAGCCAGCCUGCUGCUGGUGGCAGCAGCGGAAGCAGCAGCGGCGGCAGCUUCCAGGGAGACAUCACCUACUACACCGUCGGCCUCGGCUCUUGCGGCGUCGACAACUCCGGCCAGGACACCACCCAGAACCUCGUCGCCAUCAACUGGGAGCAGAUGGGCACCCAGUCCAACGGCAACCCCAUGUGCGGCAAGACCAUCACCAUUAGCGCUGGCGGCAAGACCACCACCGCCCUCGUCGUCGACAAGUGCAUGGGCUGUGCCUCCGGCUCCAUCGACGUCAGCGAGAAGGUCUUCACCGAGCUCUUCGGCGGCCUCGGCGCCGGCCGUGCUCCUUGCUCUUGGUCUUUCAACUAAGCUGCUGUCUCCUAGACAAUCUGUGCAUGACGGGUAUAUGGAUCUAUCUAUCAUACUUGGCCUCAAAUCUCAAGGCGCACAUAUACCCUAGAUCAAUUUAUGGACAAAUUUCUCACGUUAUACCCUACAUUCGUUGAUUUUUAUUUUUUUGGAUUCACCGUCCCUGGCGUGGAUGGGAAUGCGAUAUGGAAUAGGAAAAUGAUUUAACUUUUUUAUUAUUUAUUUAUUCUUUACACACACACAUUUCUUGGAAAUUUGUCCCGGGACAAAAGGAACGGGAAUUAAAAAAACUUUUUUCUAUUGUACAUAUAGACAAAAACCUUUUAUAGACAUGUCCUCUCAUAUUGGAGACAACGUGGAAUGACAUACCCUUUUAGAUGCCCAUCAAUACUUGAUACUUGAAAACA